CGGAAUCUUCUGUCUUCCCAGCCAGGACCAUGGGCAGCAACAAAAGCAAGCCCAAAGAUGCCAGCCAGAGGCGCCGCAGCCUGGAACCCGCAGAGAACGUGCACGGGGCUGGGGGCGCCUUCCCCGCCUCACAGACACCCAGCAAGCCCGCCUCUGCCGACGGUCACCGCGGGCCCAGCGCCGCCUUCGCGCCCACCGCGGCCGCAGAACCCAAGCUCUUCGGAGGCUUCAACUCCUCGGACACCGUCACCUCCCCGCAGAGGGCGGGGCCUCUGGCAGGUGGGGUGACCACCUUUGUGGCCCUCUAUGACUAUGAGUCACGGACAGAGACUGACUUGUCCUUCAAGAAAGGGGAGCGGCUGCAGAUUGUCAACAACACGAGGAAGGUGGAUGUCAGCCAGACCUGGUUCACAUUCAGAUGGCUGCAAAGAGAGGGAGACUGGUGGCUAGCGCACUCACUGAGCACCGGACAGACCGGUUACAUCCCCAGCAACUAUGUGGCCCCCUCCGACUCCAUCCAGGCUGAGGAGUGGUACUUUGGCAAGAUCACCAGACGGGAGUCAGAGAGGCUGCUGCUCAACGCUGAGAACCCAAGAGGGACCUUCCUCGUGAGAGAGAGCGAGACCACAAAAGGUGCCUACUGCCUCUCUGUAUCGGACUUUGACAAUGCCAAGGGCCUCAACGUGAAACACUACAAGAUCCGAAAACUAGACAGUGGCGGUUUCUACAUCACCUCCCGCACCCAGUUCAACAGCCUGCAGCAGCUCGUGGCUUACUACUCCAAGCACGCUGAUGGUCUGUGCCACCGCCUAACUACCGUGUGCCCCACGUCCAAGCCUCAGACCCAGGGCCUGGCCAAGGAUGCUUGGGAGAUCCCCCGGGAGUCUCUGCGGCUGGAGAUCAAGUUGGGGCAGGGCUGCUUUGGAGAGGUGUGGAUGGGAACCUGGAACGGCACCACAAGGGUUGCCAUCAAAACCCUGAAGCCAGGCACCAUGUCUCCGGAGGCCUUCCUGCAGGAGGCCCAGGUCAUGAAGAAACUGAGGCACGAGAAGUUGGUGCAGCUAUAUGCCGUGGUGUCCGAGGAGCCCAUUUACAUUGUGACAGAGUACAUGAGCAAGGGGAGUCUGCUGGACUUUCUCAAGGGGGAAACGGGCAAAUACCUGCGGCUGCCCCAGCUGGUGGACAUGGCUGCUCAGAUCGCCUCAGGCAUGGCCUAUGUGGAGCGGAUGAAUUACGUGCACCGGGACCUCCGAGCCGCCAAUAUCCUGGUUGGGGAGAACUUGGUGUGUAAAGUAGCUGACUUUGGGCUGGCCCGGCUCAUAGAAGACAACGAAUACACAGCCCGGCAAGGUGCCAAGUUCCCCAUCAAGUGGACCGCCCCGGAAGCUGCUCUCUAUGGGAGGUUCACCAUCAAGUCGGAUGUGUGGUCCUUUGGCAUCCUGCUGACUGAGCUCACCACCAAGGGACGGGUGCCCUACCCUGGGAUGGUGAACCGCGAGGUGCUGGACCAGGUGGAGCGGGGCUACCGGAUGCCUUGUCCCCCGGAGUGCCCCGAGUCCCUGCAUGACCUCAUGUGCCAGUGCUGGCGGAAGGAGCCCGAGGAACGACCCACCUUCGAGUACCUGCAGGCCUUCCUAGAGGACUACUUUACAUCCACCGAGCCGCAGUACCAACCUGGGGAGAACCUAUAGGAACUAUGUGCGCAGGACUGUCACCCCUAGGCUUCUGGGUGUUACCUCUGUUGCACCUGCCUCCCUCCAUCUUCUCUCUGGGGCUGACUUGCCUCGGCUAGGCCCCUUUUAGGAGCGUGGAAGGACUUCAGGGACAGGGGCAGCCUGGAAGGACAGGCUGAGACUGGUACAGUGACUG